GCAGCACUGGCUGCCGCGCGCAGCCAACUUCAAAUGAGUGUGACCCCACUUUGCGCGCAGCCAACUUCAAGCGAGCGCUCCGUUCAUUGAACCAGUUCCACGCUGAACUACGCAGCUCGUAUUGGUUUGUGCGAAAAGAAAACAAGCUAAGCACUUAAAUACAUAUAUAGAUAUAUAUGUAUAUAUAUAGACGAUGCGGGCUGAACAAUUAACAGUCAUGUGGCAAUAAGCAGCAUACUUCGCAUCAGCUCAACAAUUUAAGCAAUGUCACUGCGUGCACUAAGAAAACGCGAUACUCAAUUCUGCCAGAGCUCCGUCAGCAGCGCGAAAGCGACGCUCUUCAAGAAAGCCAACAACAACAACAACGGCGGCGGCGGCAGCAGCAGCAGCAGCAGCAGCCCAUCGGCAACGUCACCGAAACGCUCUUUGAGCACACGAAAGCUGUUGCGGCAGCGCCAGCUGCUGGGACGCGGCACACAUUCCAAUCCGGAUCUAACGGAAUUCCAAAGGAGCUCAGGCAGACCUCACCUGUUGCGCCGCAAAUCGGAGAGCGAUGCCCGCGCAGUGAACCUGGCAGAUCAAACAUUUCGUCGUCUGACCGCGGCCAACGCCAAGUCCGAGGUGUGCCUGCAGCGCAUCAGUUCGCAUAGCUACGAGCAGCCGCCGAGCCGGCGACAACCGAACGCCAUGCUGGGUGGUGCGCGCUCCCAUCGGGAUCUGAGCGCUGUGCAGCUGGAGGGCGCGGGACGUGCGCCACGCCGCAUGAGCGAGUGCAGCAUGGGCUACAGCCAGGGCAGCGGCAGCGGCGGCGGUGCCUAUUCGCGACGCACUAGCUCCAUGUUUGCCAGCCAGAUGACGCUCUCGUCGGGCGGCGCCGCAGCGCCCGUUGAUCCCAAUGCGCCGCUGCGCGUGCCCAUCAUUGGCUACGAGGUGAUGGAGGAGCGUGCCCGCUUCACCGUCUAUAAGCUGCGCGUCGAGAAUCCCGAUACGAACGACUGCUGGCUUGUGAUGCGCAGGUACACGGACUUUGUCCGGCUCAAUGGGAAGCUGAAGCAGGCCUUUCCGCAGUUCAAUUUGCUGCUGCCGCGCAAGAAGCUCUUUGGUGACAAUUUCAAUGCUGUCUUUCUGGACAAUCGCGUCCAGGGUCUGCAGAUGUUUGUCAACUCGAUUCUGGCCAAGGAUCAGCUGCGCAAGUGCAAGCUGGUGCGCGAGUUCUUUUGCCUGGACGAGCCGCCCUCCUACUCGGAGUCCAUGGAGGAGUGUCGUGCAAUCUUCGAGGCCCAGGAGGAGACCAUAGCGCACUUGAAGCUGCAGAUACAAACCAAAAACGAUCUCAUACUCAGCUUGCAGCAGAAGCUGCGCGAGGAAAUGAUCGACAAGGAGCAGCUCACACAGGAGCUAAAAAAUCUCAGCCUGGACUGCUCGCAUUGCUCCUCGGCGAACGAUAGCAUGGCGCUAAAAUAGUUAGGAACAGGCAGGAAGGUUCAUCGUGUGCGUGUGUGUACAAUAUUAUGCUGAGCAUAACUCUAUGCACUCGCACGGCAUACAUAUAUCUCCCAAGUGCAUAUCAGGCGAUCCACAACAAGGCUCACUAAAUAUAUAUACAUCAAAAGUGCUUUAGUAUUCAGUUUGAUAUUAAGUCUAAAAGAACAUACAAAUAUUUUUAUAUAUAUAUAUAUAUAUAUGCGGAUUUUUACGCGC